CGCAGUCUAGCUCUCAUCGCCCGGCGGAGUAGAUUUUCGCACGCAGACAGCAUCUGAAGGGAAUAAAUUGUAUUUUCCAGAGAUCCUAAACCGUUAAUUAAAAAAAAUGGCUCCCCCCACGUAUGGCGAUUUGGGAAAGAGUGCUCGUGAUAUAUUCAGCAAAGGCUAUCACUUCGGCCUUCUGAAGCUCGACGUCAGCACCAAGACCGACUCUGGUGUUGAGUUCUCCAGUGGUGGUUUCUCCAAUCAAGACACCGGGGUCGUCGUAGGAAAUCUCGAGACCAAGUACAAGAUUAAGGAGUACGGGCUGACGUUCUCUGAGAAGUGGAAUACAGAUAAUCUUCUUGGAACGGAUGUCACUAUUGCUGAUAAGUUACUCCAGGGCCUCAGCAUUGGAUACAGCUGCACAUUCUCUCCCCAGACUGGAAGCAAGACUGGUAAAUUGAAGACAACAUACAAACACGAAAAUGUAUCAGCAACUGCUGAUUUCGAUCUCAGUCUCAACAGUGGACCAUUGAUUCACACAACUGCUGUCGUUGGAUACCAGGGAUGGCUUGCGGGCUAUCAGACGUCGUUUGACUCCCAGAGGAGCAAAAUAACCAAGAACAACUUUGCUCUUGGCUUCACAGCCAAAGACUUUGGUGUUCACGCCGCAGUGGACAACGGUCGUGAGUUCAAUGGCUCGAUUUACCACCUGGUGAAGCCCGGCCUCGAGGGAGCUGUCAACAUGGCGUGGAACUCUGGAAACAACGCAACUCAGUUCAGCCUCGGUGCCAAGUACAAUCUCGAUAGUGCUGCAUCAGUCAGGGCCAAGGUCAACUCUCAGUUGCAGAUUGGUUUGGGAUAUCAGCAGAAACUCCGCGAUGGAGUGACUAUGAGUCUCUCAACAAACAUCGAUGGCAAGAAUUUCGGCUCUGGUGGCCACAAAGUCGGUAUUGCUCUCGACCUGGAAGCCUAAGGCCUCCACCACAAUAAAUCCAUCAUCAAUAAUAAACUGAACAAAUCAGUAAAUUCUGUCCCACUCGAGUAACAAUAUCGUAACUCUGGUGUCGCUAAGGAAUGAAUUAAAUAAAGAGAAAAAAAAACUUGUGAACACAUUUAAAAUCUGCGCACCUCGGUUCCGAGUUAAACCUGUAAACGUAUUAGAUAGAAUUACACCCGAUUUUCACGGGCGCCUCGCAGAAUCACGUUGGCAUCAGUUAAGUAUCGAAGAAUUUAUCGAGAUAAUAAUGGAUAAGGGAAUGAAAAUUCAGGAUGACUUUAAGUCUAUGAUAAACGUUCUAUUGAAAAAAAUGAUCUUGGAUCAUCCAUCGUUAAUGUAUUUGUCGACUUUUUUUCUGAUGAGCACUUCUCUCAUUUAGUUAUAGAAUUUGGAAAAGCUUAAACAUCGAGAAUUUCAUUGAAAUUUAUAAAAUAAAGAGGCUAAUUAUUCCCUGUUGACUUUGUAUCCUUGUAGAUAUGCUUUACUCCGUUUCUCUCAUUGGUUGACGCUGCUUUUUGUAAUAAAAUAUCUUGAGGAAAAUAAAAAAAAAGUAGACAAUGCA